AUGUUGAACAAGGCUGUUGUAACACAACAACACAACUGGCCUCAGAUAUUCAGUGGUGAGAAGAUCACUCUGACAUGUGAGGUCCAGGGAGGUGAAGACACUGAGUGGGAGUAUGAAUGGAGAAAACCCAGGUCUACACUCUGGACAAACAAUAAAUACUGGACUUUCACUGCUUCUGAGUCCAGCAGUGGAGACUACAUGUGUAGGAGUAGACUCAGAGAUGACUCAUAUUCUUCAACAGAGUGGAGUGAAGCCAUCACACUGUCAGUAUCUGCAACUAAACCAAAGGCCAGACUGAGUGCUCACACCACAGAUAUUCCAGUAGGAGGCAGUGUGAGCCUGACCUGCUCAGUGACGCCAUCAUCUGGAUGGAAAUACUACUGGUACAGAGAUGAGAGGUCCUCUGAACCUCUGACCACACAACAUGCUGGUUUCUAUUCAAAUGGACAAAUGAGAGUCUCACAGGAAGGACUGUACUGGUGCAGAGGAGGAAGAGGAGACACAGUUUACUACACAGAGUAUAGUGAUUCAGUCAGGAUCAAUGGAAAUGAUCCAAACAAGGUGACUGUGACUCUCCAACCCAACUGGCCUCAGAUCUACAGAGGAGAGGAGAUUACUCUCAGAUGUGAGAUCCAUGGAGGAGACACUGAGUGGGAGUAUGAAUGGAGAUCUACCAGUUCAUACAAACCUCCAAAUCUAAAUGAGUUCAGGAUUAAAUCUGAUUCUUCACUCCACACUGGAGACUACAAGUGUAAAGGUAGAAUGAAAAGUGAACAACAGUCUUCAACAGAGUGGAGUGAUUCCUUCACAUUGACUGUAUUCAUCAAUAAACAACCUGUCCUCUCUGUGUCUCCAUCAUGGCUGAGUAUCUAG